AUGUCUUUGCUGUACCUGCUGCUCCAAGUGUCGCUGGUUGUAGCAAGCCCGCAAUGUGAAAAACACAGCAAGGGCAAUGUCAUGCUGCAGCUGGGUCAAAAGACGAGAACAACCGUGGACAGGAGGGCAAGAAGGGAAUCAUUGCAAGGAAGUGAGGUUCGUGAGUGGGAGGAGUUUGCUGGUCCCUUCAAUCGUGUUUGUCGCGGUGCUGGCCCCACAGAUAACAAUCCUGCUUAUUUUGAGGUGCGUCAGAAGAUUCCCAGCAUAGAAGCUUGCAAAGACUUGUGUGUGCAGGAACUUGGUCAAGAGGGAUGUAAGGGUAUUGAGUACAAUUUCCUCAGCAAACGAUGUGAGUUGUGGAAGCGGACGGAGGGCAUUUGGGCCUUUGACUAUCCCCAAUGGGAGGGCUUCACCUGCCUACGCUACGGAUGGCCUGGCAAAUACCUCAUCCCUGUCACUGGAGGCCUGAAUCAGGCAUGCCGUGGGCCUGGUGGCCAGAAUUCAGAGAGUUUCUACGUUGUUGAAGCGGUUCGGCAUAUGGAAGACUGCCGCGCCCGAUGUGUGGCCUCCAACAUUUGUAGAGGCCUUGAGUACAGUAAAGGCCGCUGCGAAAUUUGGCAUUCGGAGAUAGCAACCACUGAGUCCAAGACUGGCUUCGAAUGCUUGCGCUAUGAGCCGCCAACUGAGCCAGAAGAGGACACAGAUGAGCCGCCAGAGUGGGUAAUAGAGCCACCACAACCGCCACCAGCGCAGCAGAGUGAGCCAGAAGAGGACACAGAUGAGCCGCCAGAGUGGGCAAUAGAGCCACCACAACCGCCACCAGCGCAGCAGAGUGAGGCAGAUGAGGACUCAGGUGAGCCGCCAGAGUGGGCCAUAGAGCCACCGGCACCAGCACAGCCCAAGCAGAAAGAUUGA